AAUCAUCUUCGUUUUCCCGCUUGUUAUAGCACUUCUAAAUCCAAAGUCCAUCCAUAUAGAGAACCAAACAUACUUCCAUACAAACAGUACCUUUUUGUUGUUUGCUCUCAUUUUCCUUGUUUUCAUUCCCAAUUCUGAUUCAGUGUUGUUCAAAUCAACAUGCCCUUGUCUAAACUUCUUGUCCUUUUAACUUUCACAGUCUUAGUUUUUCUCAGUUUUCCAGGCAGUAAAAUAGUAUUAUGCCAUGCCCAAGGUACCAAGAUGAGGCCAAAAAGAACAAGUAUUCCACCACUAACAGUAAAUAUGACCCAAGUUGAAUACUCAGAGGAGCAAUUCAUGAAGUGGGUCAAAUUUGUUGGCAGCCUCAAGCAUUCUGUCUUCAAGACAGCCAAGAACAAGAUCUUCCCUUCUUAUACACUUAAUGUGGACAAGGAUCCAUUGCAUGGUGAUUUUACCUCAAUUCAGGAUGCAAUUGAUUCCCUCCCUGCUGUCAAUCUUGUCAGAGUUGUGAUCAAAGUUCAUCAAGGAGUCUACAAUGAGAAAGUGAAUAUACCUCAAUCAAAGGCAUUCAUAACCAUAGAAGGAGCAGGAGCUGAAAAUACAAUAGUUCAAUGGGGUGAUACAGCAAAGGCUCCAGGUCCAAGAGGCUUGCCAAUGGGUACAUUUGCCUCUGCGACUUUUGCAGUGAAUUCCCCAUUUUUCAUCGCCAAGAACAUCACAUUCAAAAACACGACUCCGGUACCAAAGCUAGGUCAAAUUGGAGUACAAGCAGUAGCGUUUAGGAUAUCGGCGGAUACAGGAGUUUUCUUGGGUUGCAGAUUCUUGGGUGCACAGGAUACCCUCUAUGAUCACUCGGGCAGACAUUAUUAUAAAGAUUGUUACAUUGAGGGCUCUGUGGAUUUCAUAUUUGGCAAUGGUCUCUCGUUGUUUGAGAGUUGUCAAGUGCACGCAAUAGCACCAGUAACCGGGGCAGUCACGGCACAAGGAAGAAGCAGCAUGUUGGACGACACUGGAUUUUCCUUUGUCAACUGUAAGGUCACAGGCUCAGGGGCACUCUUCCUAGGAAGGGCAUGGGGACCUUUUUCUAGGGUAAUCUUUGCCUAUACGUAUAUGGACAACAUUAUCAUUCCAAAAGGCUGGUCUAAUUGGGGCGACCCUACUCGUGAAAUGACGGUGUUUUACGGGCAAUACAAGUGCACAGGACCAGGGGCAAGUUUUGCAGGAAGAGUGUCAUGGUGUCGAGAGCUUACUGAUGAGGAAGCUAAGCCUUUUAUUUCCCUUAGCUUCAUCGAUGGCUCCGAGUGGAUCAAGUUAUGAAACAUCAAUUUUGCCCAAACAUUAUUGGUUACAUAGUAUUUCAAGAUCUCUGAUAUUUUCCAUAUUAUUCUUUUUUAUCUGUUUUCUUCCCCCAUCUAUCUAUCUAUAGUAUCUAUCUAUAGUAUUAUAUUAUAUACUACGAGAGAAAUUAGAGAGAAAAAAUAAAAAAAGUUCUAAGGUGAAAUCUUAUGUGUCAUUUUUUGUAAUACUUGAGUCAAAAAAUAUUUACAACAAUUAUACUAAUAGUCUUUCGAAUUUUAUCUAAAUAAAGUUUU